AUGCGGCUUCCUUCGCAGAUUUUUUGUAUAGUUGUGCUUUUCAUUUUUGCGCGGAACUCAAAGGCAGAUAUUCCAGGCUGCAGCUACUUCGACACGGUCGAUAUUUCAAACGUUGAAAGACAAAACGAUUCGUAUUUGUACGAUGGCAUCCCAAUUCCUGCCAGCCUCACUGAAGACUACGACCACAAGCAGUUUGCCGACUUAUCGACAGAGCCGGUAAAAAAGCAUUUGAGGGCCUGCGUUUGCAAACUGCGGCCUUGCGUUCGAAUCUGCUGCCCAGCCAAGUACACUUUGGCCAACGGAAAGUGCGGUGAUGGUCUCCAGGAGGAGCUGGCCGGGCUAGAGUCCUAUAUAUACCUUAGAUCAUCCAUGAACCUUUCGACGAAGACACGUGUACCAUUAACCGAGAUGGCAAUUAUAAGAGAUCCGUUUUUAUCUUGUGAUGAAAUGGUGCACCUCACGGAUGAGUUUGCCUACUUAGAGAAUGGAACGCUAUAUAUCUCCGAUGAGCAGUACUUUGAAAAACACUACUACUGCCUGUACCCGUAUCAGUUUAAUUCGGACUUUCCAAACUCCAUGUGGAUAGUGAAGCACAGCUGCGUAAUUUACUUACGGGCCGGAUUCAGGGAGAUCGUAACGAUAUCAUUGAUAUGCUAUAUUCUGACAAUCGCCGUAUAUCUAUACAUCAAGGAGCUGCGCAAUGUGACUGGCAAGUGCGUUAUAUGCUGCAUGAUUUCAAAGUUUAUACAGUAUUUGCUUAGAUUACUAAUUAAUAUGAAGGUAUUAAACAGUAUCUGCUCUCUAGCUGGUUACAGCAAGUACUUUUUCUGGAUGGCUUCCACUAUCUGGUUCUCCGUCAUCAGCUACCAAUUAUGGAAACUCUUGACGUCGGUCAAUCGAGCCGAACCUACUUAUAGGUUCCUGCUGUACAGCGCCUUCGUCUGGACCACAGCCGCCGUCAUGACAGGAAGUAUUUAUAUGGUUAAUCUGAUGUGGGAAAACGAUCUUAAUAAGUGGAACUGGCUGCCUUUGGUCGGUUUCCAUCGUUGCACGGCCAAAGAUUGGAACUCAUCCUCCUUGGUCUACCUAAGUGGGCCGAUUCUGGUCCUGAGCACUUUCAAUAUCGCCAUGUUCGCCCUGACUGUCAUUUACAUACGGAAAGUAAAGAGGGAAAUAAAGAAGUUCGCACAUGAGGAGCAGGAGAGGAUAGACUGCAUCAACUUCGACAGCCAGACCUACCUGCAGUUUCUGCGACUCUCCGUCGUGAUGGGCCUGACUUGGAUCGUAAGUGCCAUUCCGUUUUCUGCGAGGUAUACCAACAUCACCUUAAAGCAGAUCAUAGUGAUAAGCGGAUAUUAUCACGACGCGUUUGGAAUAGUCAUUUUCGUUAUGCUUGUGUUGAAGCGCAGUACACUAACUUUACUGAUAAAGUCUUAAG